AUGGAGAGCAUAGGGGCUGUCAGCGAGGACAAUCAGGAGCUGUGUGAUGGGUAUCAGGAGAAUUUUGUGCCUUAUGUCUCUGCCAGGAUGGAUGAGCUCGAGGAACAGUACUGGGGAAUCUCUGAGGCUGCCUUCAUCCUCUUGAUGCUGAACAAUCCUCAGUCUGACUCCUCUAAAGCGGAGCAUCUGCUUCACAAGUGCGCUGACGUAAAUCCAUAUCUAACAUCAGGCUCGGAUACGCUCCUGUGUUUAAUUUCAGAUGUUCUGAAUGACGCCAUCUUUAAUGAAGAUCAUGAUGAAAUGGUAAUUGUGAAGGACAUAGACAUGUUCUCAUUGUGUGAGCAUCACCUCGUUCCGUUUGUUGGAAAGGUCCAUAUUGGCUAUCUUCCUAACAAACAAGUACUUGGCCUCAGCAAGCUUGCUAGGAUUGUGGAAAUAUACAGUAGAAGAUUACAAGUCCAGGAACGCCUUACCAAGCAAAUCGCAAGAGCCAUCACAGAAGCCUUACAGCCCGCUGGAGUUGGAGUAGUUAUUGAAGCUAUGUACAUGUGUAUGGUAAUGCGUGGGGUACAGAAAAUGAACAGUAAAACAGUAACCAGCACAAUGUUGGGGGUAUUCCGGGAAGAUCCAAAGACCCGUGAAGAAUUUUUGACACUCAUCAGGAGUUGA